CCCGAAGUUCCGCCUCGAGCGGAUGUUGGGGGUGAGCCGGUUAUGGCGGCUGUAGGAGGGGAGGAUGAUGGUGGUGGUAAUGCGGGCCUGGCGUUGGCCUUGGUGGAAGGCAGCGCCGGGCGGGCCGCCCGUGUCGGCGACCCGGGGGACUUGGUGGCGCUGGCCCGGCAGGUGCAGCAGGCAGAUGAAUUUGUUCGAGCCAACGCCUGCAACAAGCUGACUGUCAUUGCUGAGCAGAUCCGGUGCUUGCAGGAGCAGGCUCGGAAGGUCUUGGAAGAUGCUAACAGGGAUGCUGACCUGCACCAUGUGGCCUGCAACUUAGUGAAGAAACCAGGAAACGUUUACUACUUGUAUAGGAGGGAGAGUGGCCAAAAGUACUUCUCCAUGCUGUCUCCUAAGGAGUGGGGGACCAGCCCCCAUGAGUUUCUCGGUGCCUAUAAGCUCCAACACGACAUGUCCUGGACGCCUUUUGAGGACAUUGAGCGACGAGAUGCUGAAAUAAACAUCUUGGAGAAGCUGCUGAGCCGGCAGGCAGCGCUGCCCCCGUGUACAGAACCCAACUUCCAGGGCCUCACCAAGUGAUGCAAAGUGUGGUGGCCAUACAGGACCUCUGAACAGAGCUAAUGCCUGAGGACAGGCAGUACCUGAGCGCUGCCAAAGGCAGGGCAAGGAAAGAGACCAAGAAAUGAAAAUGCUGAUGCUGCCAGUACUUGCUCUUUGCUUUAAUAAGACUAAUUCUGAAUUCAGUCUUACUGGAUUUUCUAGUAAUCAAGUAGCUUAUUUCUUUGACUUAUGCCAAGCUGUAAGAAGAGGCAGAUGAUAUCAGAUGGAGUAAUUUCAAAAGGACUUGGGGCAGAUUGAUAGUGUAUAAAAUAUGUCCUACCCAUCUGGCUCUGGUAUAUACCUCACUGGGGCUGUGUGUGGCAGGUAGUGAUUUCAGGUCUGGAUUUUGGCCCUCAUUAUAACACAUAUGUUUAGGAAGCCCCGUGGCAUGGGAAGAACUGUCACAAUUGCAUGCAAGGAGGUCUGUUUUUCCUUCUUCCCUUUCUAGUGUGGAUUUGUUCACCUUAGACCAAGUAGUUCUCCUCCUGACCCAUGCCCUGCAGCAGAAGAAGGGGUUUUGGUGCCUGGCUUGAGACCUGAAGAUGGGGAUGCUGCAGCCCUGGAUUCUCCCUCAGCUCAUCUGCAUCUUAUCUGCCCACAAGGCUUUUGUUACAGCGCUGCCAUCAGCCCAGCCCCAUCCUGCGGAGCUUCACUCUGGCUGACCGAAAUCUUCUCAGAGUCAUUGUAGGAUUUAGGAAGAAGCUUUUCCCAGCGCACCCUCCCUCACUCAGAGCACUGGGCAAAUUAAAAGCAAUGUGUUGUUAUUAUUAGGCCAGGCUAUAAUUAAUUCCUUAUCAAGUCACAAGUGCCUCAUUUGAUAGGGUGCUUCCCCCCCUGCAUGUGUUAUCACCCCAGGUCUUAUUUUACUGCAUGUUAUUAAAUCUGAAUGGGAGAAAGUUAAUUACUGCAUGGGCUGUAGUGCUAAUUACAGCAACAUCGGAGACCUGUGAUUUAUGCUUCUCUGGGAGGAAGGUGUUCCUGCCCCAGUUUUAUCUGUUUCCCAUCAUUAAGAACUGUAAGCUGAUGUACAAAGGAUUGGGGUGAUGG